UCUCCAAAACAAAAAAAAUUGUUAGCCCAUACUAAUAUAAUCUUCUAAUUGUUUCACAAGUCAUGGCAAAACUACUGUAUUCGUGUAUGUUCAUCUGUAUGUUUGUUCUUUCAGGUUUUUUGGCCUUUUCAAGUGCAAAGCAAAAAACAUGUACUUCGGGCAUAUACCUUAGCCACCCAUGCGAUCUUGAACAAUGCAUAAAUGCGUGCUUUCGAAUUUUCUACACCCAAAUUGCAAUUUGUAGCGCAAACAAAGUAAACCUUUGCACUUGUGAGUACGAUUGCAAAUCUUAAUUAAACAUACUCCUCAUGUACGCUGUUAUAAACUAGAGCAACAAGCUUUAUGUCACGUAUCUUAAUUACUUUGAUUCCAUGUAAGAUAUAUAU